AUGGUGCGUCUCAUCCUUCAGGCCUUGCAGGGCAUGGGCUACCUCGAGAGCUCGCUGUGCCUCCAGCGAGAAUCCGGAGUCAUGCUGCAGAGUGAGGGGGAGAAGCUGCGGGCGUUGAGGAGAGAUGUGAUGGAGGGCGAGUGGAGAAAGAUCUUGUCCGAGCUUGAGAGGGAGGAUUGGGCGUCAACCAGCCUCAAGUAUGUGCUUUGCGCUGUUGACCAUGAGCUCAGAGCUUGCAGGUUUGUGGUUGCGAAUCAGCUCUUCUUGGAAGAGCUUCACUCUAACGACAGGAAGGGAGCUGAGAAGGAUCACGUCUUGCCUAAUGCUCUGAGCCAGAGGAGGCGGGAGGAGAGCCAGCGGCUUGCGGCAAUGCUGUCACAAGAUGACAUCAGCACGACGGGAGGGCAUGCGGGUUUCACUUCUCGUCUCCUCGUCUUGGAGGAGAUCUUGAGCUGCCUCCCUGCCCACAUGCGUUUGCCGCGAGACAGGCUGUGGAAACUAGUUAAUCAGGCUCAGAUUUACCAGCGAGAAAAAUCUUUGUAUCCUUACACGAGGCAGAGCGAGUUGUCGCUGCUGGAUGACCUUUCCUUCGACCCCUCGAGUCUGCUAUGUCUGCAUCGAACCAUCAAGUUCCACAAAGACGAGGUCUGGGUUUGCAAGUUCUCUCCUUCAGGCAGAUUCCUCGCUACCGCAUCCAAGGAUGGAAACCUGGCGAUCUGGUCGUCCCAGGAGCUUCUAGCACAAUCCCGAGAGGGGCUGGUGCUCAACCUUUUGAAUGGGUUUCAAGUUUGCAGCAUAGCAUGGAGCUCCGACGAGAGCAUGGUUGUCUGUGCAGGCCUUGACUCGUGCCGCAUCUCUGCCUGGAACAUUCCCAGUGGCAUCCAGGUCCCUCUAGCCGCGCAGAUGAGGAAGCCCUUGAGCUGCGUGGAGUGGCUUGCGGGGACCUGGUACUGCCUGGGAGGAGGAGGAGACGAAGACAUUUUUGCUUGGGAUCUCUUGAUCUCGCGGGAGAGCAGACGGUCGAACAAUCCUUCCUUCGUGCUGUGGACUGAGCACAGGAGUGUACACUCGCUCGCAUGCUCCUCGGAUGGCUCGAGCCUCGUCGCCCUCCUGUCUGAGCAGACAAUCAAUGUAUACGACAUCUACCAGAUCUGUGACGAACAUGCCAAGUUCCUCUCCAAGCAACAGGAUGGAAGAUUUGGGUCGACAGAUGCGCUUGAAGGAGAUGUUAGUCUCUGGAGUUCGGCUGCUGUGCCUUUGAGCUCAGAGGGAAGCGAGGGGAAAGGAGAGGAAGUAAGGAGCGAGCAUGCGAGGAAGCGGAUCGAAGUGAAGGAUGCGAGGAGGACGUCGCUAAGGAUCAACGGCACUCACAUCCCGUCCUACCAUCCUGUGCGUCAGAUCACAAACCCGGGUGAAGCUGAGCUGGUUACCUGGGACCUCAAGUCCGUCUCCUGUGUGCAGCGCUUCCGGGGACAUGAGUUUCGGCGCUACCUGACGGGCUUCACCGAAGGAGGCUUUCAAGAUAUGCUGAUACUGGGAGGGAGUGAGGACGGGCUCAUACGCGUGUGGCAUCGCGACACCGGAAGGCUCAUCAAGACGCUGGUGGGUCACGACCAGUCUGUCAACUCGCUCGCGUGGCUGCCCAACAACGACUUCGUCAUGGCGUCCGCGUCAGAUGAUUUCUCCGUCAGGCUGUGGGGGCCGAGGAUGCUGCAGAACUACAUGGAAUGA